UAUCCAAGCUGUUUUCUCAUUUGACCUGAACGACAGGAAAAUGAGGCAACGGCAAUAGACGACUGGUAGUGUCAAUCCCUAAAAAGGAGAGCCGUUGAAAGAAAGUCCUGAACUUUCUGUAACCGCUCAUCCUUCUUAAUCAACCAGCAGCCACCGCUACUAUCACCGCCCUAGCGUCUGGCUCUGAUCCACUGAUAUAAGAAGAAAUUUUGCGCCUUUAAGCAAUCAAUCAUCAGAUGGAGAAAGAAAAAGGAAGAGAAGUAGUGGUCUCCGCUUUGCAAUUCGCUUGCACUGAUGACAUCACCACCAAUGUUGACACCGCCGAAAGGCUAGUUAGAGCUGCUCAUGGGAAUGGUGCAAACAUCAUUCUUAUUCAGGAACUAUUUGAGGGAUAUUACUUCUGUCAAGCACAAAGAGAAGAUUUCUUUCAGCGAGCAAAGCCUUACAAGGGCCACCCUACAAUUUUGAGGAUGCAGAAACUGGCAAAAGAACUGGGUGUGGUUAUACCAGUCAGCUUCUUUGAAGAGGCAAACAAUGCCCAUUACAAUUCCAUAGCGAUAAUCGAUGCUGAUGGAACUGACCUUGGGCUCUAUAGGAAAUCUCAUAUUCCUGAUGGACCAGGUUACCAGGAAAAGUUCUACUUCAAUCCUGGCGACACUGGUUUCAAGGUUUUCCAAACUAAAUUUGCAAAAAUUGGGGUUGCAAUAUGCUGGGAUCAAUGGUUUCCAGAGGCGGCGCGAGCUAUGGUUCUACAGGGUGCAGAGAUAUUAUUGUACCCUACAGCUAUUGGUUCUGAACCUCAAGAUGAAGGGCUUGAUUCUCGUGAUCACUGGAAGCGCGUGAUGCAAGGGCAUGCUGGGGCUAAUCUGGUACCUCUAGUAGCUUCAAAUCGCAUUGGGAAGGAAGUAAUCCAGACAGAGCAUGGAGAUAGCAAUAUUGCAUUUUAUGGGAAUUCGUUCAUAGCAGGACCAAAUGGGGAAAUUGUUGCUGCUGCUGAUGACAAAGAGGAAGCUGUGCUUGUUGCUAAGUUUGAUCUGGAUAAAAUCAAAUACAAGAGACAUAGUUGGGGGAUAUUCCGCGAUCGACGUCCAGAGUUGUACAAGGUUCUUUUGACAUUAGAUGGCAGUAAUCAGUCACUGUAGUUUUCUGAUGCUUAUUCCAACUGUAGUUUUCUGAUGCUUAUUCCAACCUUAAUUUGUGGUAGAGGUAACCAGUGAACUCUCUAAAAUACCUACCCUACCUUAAAUUAUCUACAACAUGAGGAAAGAAAAGUUCAUAUAUUUGGAGUAAGAUCAAAGAGUCAAUUAUUUGGACACUUUGAAUUUGAACCGCAGGCCUGUUUUAUGGUCUACAAAGCACUGUUCCUUUAUCUCUUUGCACUUAUUCUUUCUUUCUUUCUUUCUUUUUUUUUUUCUUUUCAUGUUCCUUGUAUUACUGGCAUUUUCCUUUUUGCCUUAAAUUUUAAAUAAAAUGAAGUAGCACUAUAACUUGAUAAC